AACUUCCAAAAGAUAGCUGUUAUGUGUGACCACUUAAUACUAAUCAACACCAAAAAGUUGUAUAGAUCACUGAUUAGUUCUGCUUUCCUUUCCUUCUCAUCUCAGCAACCUAUUCUGACACACACACACACAAAAUUUUCAUUCAACACAAGUCAACAUCUAUACACAACAAAAGGGUAUACAAAAGAAUAGCCCAAAAACUCAUCACAUAAACAAACUUUAUAAACUAAAAAAGAAAAAAUGGUAAAAUGUUGGAUAAAUAAAACAGGACACACAUUCAAAGCAAAUCAACCUCACCAAUCCACAACUCUCUCUCUUCAAUGCAGCAAUCUUAUUUAGAUUUUAGACACACAAAAAACCUUAGAAUCACCCCCCCUAUAGGUAAAGUAACCAUCUUGAGCUAAACAAUGGAAAAUAUCUUGAUUCCAGCUUUUCUCUUUUUCAUUCUUCAUUUAAGUUUUACAAAAGCUGCUUUUGGUGUAGGUGUUAGUGGUGGUGUUGGUGUAGGUGUUGGUGUUGGUGUUGGAAAUGAUGGUAGUGGUAGAGUUGUUUGGAUUGGAGGAGGAUUUAACAACCCAAAAUCCUAUGGAUCUCCAAUAUCAAAGAUGGAUUCAGCUUAUACAGCUCUUCAAGCCUGGAAAUCUGCAAUCACUGAUGACCCUUUAAAGAUUUUAGCUUCUUGGGUUGGUUCAAAUGUGUGUUCUUACAAAGGAGUUUUCUGUGCAAAUCUUGAAGAUGAUGGAAUGUCUUCAUCUUCUUCUUCUGCUACUGCUGCUGCAUCAGCUUCUAGUUCAGUAGUUGUUGCAGGCAUAGAUCUAAACCAUGCAAAUCUUCAAGGAACUCUUGUAAAAGAGCUAUCUUUACUCACUGAUAUGUCACUACUUCACCUCAACAGUAACAGAUUUUCUGGUACAGUACCUGAUACAUUCAAAGACCUUGUUUCUCUUGAAGAAUUAGAUAUAAGCAAUAAUCAACUUUCAGGUUCUUUCCCUUUGGUUACUUUGUACAUGCCAAGUUUAAUAUACUUGGACAUUAGAUUCAACUUUUUCUCAGGUUCAUUACCUCGAGAGAUAUUCGACAAGAAUCUUGAUGCUAUAUUUCUCAACAACAAUCGAUUCGAAGGCGAAAUACCUCAGAAUUUAGGUAACUCACCUGCAUCAGUGAUAAACUUAGCUAAUAACAGAUUGAGUGGAAACAUUCCAGCUAGUUUUGGUUUCAUGGGGUCUAAGAUAAAAGAAAUUUUGUUUCUGAAUAACCAGUUAACUGGUUGUAUUCCAGAAGGAGUUGGAUUGUUUACAGAGAUGGAAGUUCUUGAUGUUAGCUUCAAUGCAUUAAUGGGUCAUUUGCCAGAUACAUUAUCUUGCUUACAAAACAUUGAAGUUUUGAACUUGGCACAUAAUCAGCUUUCUGGAGAGUUAUCAGAUAUAAUAUGUUCUCUGAGAAGCUUGGCAAAUUUAACUGUUGCUUAUAAUUUCUUUUCUGGGUUUAGUCAACAAUGUUCAAAACUUUUCUUUAGGAAUGUUGGUUUUGAUUUCUCACUUAAUUGUAUUCCUGGGAGGGACAUGCAGAGACCUCAACCAGAAUGUUCCAUGAUCCCAGGUAGUAGUUUAAGUUGUCUCAGAAUUCCAACACCAAAACCUCUUGUUUGUGGUUCUUUGUCUGUAAGUAACUCAAAGCACACUGAUCCCACUUCACAAUCACAGUCACAGUCACAUUCACAAUCUCCUUGAUAGUAACAAUAUAGUUAGCUACAUUACAAGCUGUUCUUGGCUUUUCAAUUAAUUAGUGCUACCAAUUUUAAUUCAGACCCUUUUUAAUUUAAUUCUUCAAAGAUUCAGUAAGCAUAUUUGUAAUUAUAUUUGGCUUGAAUUGGAUAAGACAUGUCUAUAUUUUGAAAGAAAAA